AAGGCGACUUUUAACAAAAACAACUUUUCAUUAUCUUCUCCGGCCGGCGUCGACUCCGGCGUCGGCCGUACUUUCUUUUCUAUUUUUUGUUUCGUUUGUAGUUUUAAGUUUCUAAAUAAAAUCUCAAUCAGAGACGUGUUUACUUGUGUGAUCAUCACCAAAUCACCAAUUACUAUUGCUUGGCUUCUUCCCGUAGACGAAAUGGCUUCAUGUGGCAAAGUAAGAGAUGGUUUUUCGGUGAUGGGGUUGUCUGGUAGCGUAGGACAUGGCGAUCCGGAUAUGAUGAUGCCUUUGUUAACAAAUCCAUGGUUGGGUUUGUCUCAAUUCUGGGUCUCCACAUUGAUAGCCGAUGCCACUUCGAUUCUCGCUCUCAGGGUUUUCUUUCCUCUUCACAGAGGCGUAAUUGUCCGUGCGAUGAUGAUAUGGUUCAUUCACGGUGUUUUUUCGGGUAUGCCCGACCUUCUCGGUUUGGUGACAAUAGUUGCCGACGGCUUCUUAAUGCAAAUUUGCGGCCCUCGACGCAUAUGGAAUCCCGGAAUCACAUCGGAGACAUUUGUCGUGAAGCUCUUCAACGACGUCUUUGGUUUGAGAUGUAUAAUAGGAUGGGAUUACACUAGUACCAAGCCAAACUUUCUAAUGUGCAUUAUGACACCGAUACGGACUAAUUGGUAUUGGAUUGUCGGGAUUUCAAAACUUAUUCUAGGAACAACGGGCUUUUUACAUGUGAUGUGGAGUUUCGAACAAAGAAUGCCAAUAGGGCAUACAUAUCACAUUCGAGUAGGGUGGCUUAUGAAGAAGGAACAUAAUAUGUUUAUCAUGUUAGCGAGUAAGGCUUAUCGAAAGGAAGCAUCGUCAAAUUCACUUUUUCACUUUCGUCAUCUUCAAUAUAUGGCACAUAAUUCUGCUUAUGUAAUAAAUUGUUUUAUGAAGUUUUGUAAUGGUUUUGUACUUGUUGUAAUACCAAUUGUUUAA